UAUGCCUUUAGAUAUAAGCAUCCUACAGAAGAUUUUAAGCAAUUGUGCCACCAUACAGUAGAUUAUACUGGAAGUCUUCCCUUAGCCCUUAAAGUCUUAGGUUCUUGUCUAUAUAGAAAAAGCAUACAUGAAUGGAAGAGUGAAUUGGACAAACUCAAUCAAUUCCCAAAUAAGGAAGUUCUGAAUGUGCUCAAAACAAGUUUUGAUGGAUUAGAUGAUAAUGAAAAGAAUAUGUUUCUUGAUAUUGCAUUCUUCUAUAAAGGGGAGGACAAAGAUUUUGUUAUAAAAGUACUAGAAAAUUUCUUCCCUGCGAGUGAAAUAGGAAAUCUUGUCGAUAAAUCACUCAUAACUAUUUCAGAUAAUAAGUUGUACAUGCAUGAUUUACUACAAGAAAUGGGUUGGGAAAUUGUUCGACAAGAAUCUAUUAAAGACCCUGGCAAACGCAGCAGAUUGCAGGUUCAUGAGGACAUCCAUGAUGUAUUAACAACAAAUAAGGGGACUGAAGCAGUUGAAGGCAUGGUCUUUGACUUGUCUGCAUCGAAAGAGCUAAACCUCAGUGUUGAUGCCUUUGCAAAGAUGAACAAAUUAAGAUUGCUCAGAUUCUAUAAUUUUCAAUUUUAUGGAAGAUCUGAAUACUUAUCCAAGAAAGAGUUAAUUGCUAGUACUCAUGAUGCUUGGAGAUGGAUGGGCUAUGAUAACUCUCCAUACAAUGAUAGUAAAUUGCAUCUAUCUAUAGAUUUUAAAUUUCCAUCCAACAACUUAAGAUCUCUUCAUUGGCAUGGAUACCCUUUGAAGUCCCUUCCAUCAAAUUUUCAUCCAGAGAAGCUUGUUGAGCUAAACAUGUGCUAUAGUCUGCUUAAACAACUAUGGGAAGGAAAGAAGGCAUUCAAGAAGUUGAAGUUCAUCAAACUCAGCCACUCUCAACAUCUAACCAAAACUCCAGAUUUCUCUGCGGCCCCAAAACUUAGGAGAAUAAUUCUGAAUGGUUGUACAAGUUUGGUCAAGCUUCACCCAUCCAUUGGGGCUCUCAAGGAGCUUAUUUUCCCGAAUUUAGAAGGCUGCUCAAAACUUGAGAAGUUCCCAGAGGUCGUCCAAGGAAACCUGGAAAAUCUAUCACGCAUUUCUUUUGAAGGGACUGCUAUAAGAGAACUGCCUUCAUCAAUUGGAAGUCUAAAUAGGCUAGUUUUGUUGAAUCUGAGGAAUUGUGAAAAACUCGCAAGUCUUCCACAAAGCAUUUGUGAACUGAUAUCUCUUCAGACUCUAACUCUCUCUGGUUGCUCAAAACUAAAGAAAUUGCCAGAUGACCUGGGGAGACUGCAAUGUUUAGCAGAGCUCAAUGUAGAUGGAACUGGUAUAAAAGAGGUAACCUCCUCUAUUAAUCUUUUGACAAACCUUGAAGCAUUAUCCUUAGCAGGAUGCAAAGGAGGGGGAUCUAAGUCAAGGAAUCUGAUCUCUUUCCGCUCAUCACCAGCAGCACCAUUGCAACUGCCUUUUCUUUCGGGUUUAUACUCCUUGAAAAGUUUGAAUUUAAGUGACUGCAACCUGUUGGAAGGAGCACUACCCACUGAUCUAAGCUCCUUAUCUUCAUUGGAAAAUUUAUAUCUGGACAAGAACAGUUUCAUUACCUUGCCUGCUAGCCUCAGUCGACUUUCUCGGCUCAAACGUCUCACAUUAGAACACUGCAAGAGUCUUCGAUCAUUGCCAGAGCUUCCAUCAAGUAUUGAAUAUUUAAAUGCCCAUAGUUGCGCAUCCCUGGAAACGCUUUCAUGUUCAUCAAGUACAUACACAUCGAAGUUGGGGGAUCUCAGAUUUAAUUUUACUAAUUGCUUUAGACUAGGAGAGAAUCAAGGCAGUGACAUUGUGGAAACUAUACUAGAGGGAACUCAGCUUGCGUCAUCAAUGGCAAAACUUCUGGAGCCAGAUGAGAGGUCGCUAUUACAACAUGGAUAUCAAGCUCUUGUUCAGGGAAGUAGAAUUCCAAAGUGGUUCACCCAUCGGAGUGAAGGGUCUAAGGUAAUUGCAGAGCUGCCUCCACAUUGGUAUAAUACCAAGUUGAUGGGAUUGGCUGCUUGUGUUGUUUUCAACUUCAAGGGUGCUGUCGAUGGGUACCUUGGUACAUUCCCUUUAGCUUGUUUUCUCGAUGGUCAUUAUGCUACGCUAUCCGACCACAAUUCAUUAUGGACUUCAUCGAUUAUUGAGUCAGAUCACACGUGGUUUGCGUAUAUAUCUCGUGCUGAACUAGAGGCCCCGUACCCUCCUUGGUUCGGAGAGCUCAGUGACUAUAUGCUGGCUUCAUUUCUAUUUCUUGUCCCAGAAGGCGCGGUCACUUCAGACGACGAGGUCACUUCACACGGCGAGGUGAAAAAGUGUGGGGUUCGUAUAGUAUAUGAGGAAGAUGGGAAAUAUGAUGGAUGCAGUUUUCCUUUCAGUACCAUGUGGCCGGGAGAUGGAGAUGGAGAUGGAGGCGUCUUCUGAUGGAUGAAUCAGAUCCUUCGGCUCCUCUAAAAUUGGAUUCCUGCUUUCGCCUCCAUGUCCAAUCCCUUGCUUAAAGGUGGUUCGAGUUGCAGAAGCUCUCAUUCAAGAAGGUUGAUCAUACUCUCAUUUGAGGUAAUCACUUCCUUUUAAUAUGUUUUCAAGUCUUUCUACUACUUUAAUGAAUUUUCUUCCAAAAAUACAUAAUGUAUUGAAUUUUUAUUAUUAUUUUAUAAUCAAAUUUUAUUUGACUCAA